AUGACAACCAUUCACCACAAGCAGAUGCUGCAGGAGCACGUGUCUCUGGAGCUCUCCAGCCUCACCACCCACGUGAAGACCUUCUCCCAGACAACCAAGAUCGUGGGAGAGCAAGUCGUGUCGAGGAAGUCCUCGACCACUGUUGAGUUCUUCAACUGAUGCCGGAGCUCCGACGUCCCUGCGGGCGAGAGCGCCCCGGAGUUCGUGGAGAAGCCUCAGCCCGUCACCGCAUCCGAGGGGGAUAAAGCCGUGUUCCCAGCCCGGGUGCAGGGGAACCCCAAACCCCACAUCUCCUGGAAGAAGGAGAGCGGCAUCCCCAUCAAGGAGUCCGCCAACAUCUUCUACGACAGCAUUAACAAGGAACACGUGCUGAAGCUGGAGCCACUGACCUCAGAUGACUCUGACAACUACGAGUGCACGGCAAACAAUGACCAUGCCGACACCAUCUAUACUGUGGCCUUGCUGGUGACAGAGGGUCAAGAUAAAAUGGAUUUCAAAAAGAUGUUGAAAAAGAGGGUUCCCCCUGCUCCCAAGAAGAAGCAGAAGAAGGUAGCAAAUGAGAAAGAGCUAGAGGUUUUGUCUAAGGUGCCCAAGGACUUUGAGAGGCUCUGCAUAGAGUACGGUCUCACCAGCUUCCAGGGGCUCCUCAAGAAGCUCAAAGAGAUGAAGAAAGUGGAGGUGGAGGCCAUCUGGAUUCUGAAGUCCUUGGAAAAUAUAGAGACCAAGGUUGACACCACAGUGGUCUUUGACUGUGUCAUGGAGCCAAAGGACCCCAAAGUCAAGAUGAUAUGGAUCAAGGGUAACAAGCCACUGAAGACCCAGUACUUCCUGGGCAAGUACAAUGUGAAGCAGAUGGGCAGCAAGCAUAUGCUGGUUCUUACCAAUGUGAACAUGAAUGACGCAGGCACCUACAGCCUGUCCGUGGGCAACAAGUGGAUGAGUGCAGAGCUCAUAGUGCCGGCUAUGAGUGAGCCACUGAAGUUCCUGGGAAAGAUGAAGCCAAUGAAGGUGACAGAGCACCAGACAGCUGUGUUUGAGGUCCGCCUCUCCAAGGAGGUGCCCAACUUUGUGUGGAAGUUCAAUGGGAAGGAGCUGAAGAGGGAUAAACAGUGUGAAAUCACAGAGUCCGAGGAUGGUCUGACCCACAUGCCUAAGGUUAAAGAUGCCAGACUCAGUGACAGUGGCAAGUACUCUGCCAUGGCGAGGGACCUAGUACAGAAGGCCCAGCUCACUAUUGGCAUCCCCAUCAAGUUUGUGAGCACCCUGAAGAACGUACAUGUGAAAGAGAGGAGCCGUGCAUGCCUUGAGUGUGAGCUGACAUCCAAGGAUGUGACACUGUGCUGGAAGAAGGACGGGUGGCUGCUGGAGCAUGGAAGCAAGUACAGCAUGAACCAUGAGGGCAAACGAGCAGAGCCGGUCAUUGGGGAUGCACAGCUCAGUGACGGUGGUGAGUACACUGUGGUGGCCAUGCAGGAUGGGGACCCCACUGAAUACAAUAGUACUGCCGCAGUCACCGUGGAGGAGCGUCUGGCCACCGUGAAGAGCAGGAUGCCCAACGUGCACGUGACCACCGGGAGCCCAGCUGAGCUGUGCAUAGUGCUGAACGGCGAGAAGGUGGAGGGCUCGUGGCUGAAGGAUGGCAAGGAGGUGCGAGGUAGGAGCCAGGGAAAGGGACGAAAGAGGAAGAGGCGACAGCGCAUACACUCACACUCACGCCUGCCCCUCACGCCCCAGAUCACGGACUUGCGCGGCGUGCAGAUCGUGAAGCAGGGUGCGGUCCACAAGUUCAUCUUCCCCAUUAUGGGCCCCGAGAAUGAGGGCACGUACACAUUCCGGGCCAAGGGCGUAGAGAGCGAAGCCUCGGUAUUCAUUGCAGAUCCUCCUACCGACAACCCGUCGGUGCUGGAGGGACUGGCCGCGCGCCCAGUGACCGUGAAGGUGGGCCACAUGGCGAACAUCAAAGUGCCCUUCCGGGCAAAGCCGCUGCCCAAAGUGACGUGCUUCGAGGACGGCGUGGAGGUGACAGAGGAGACACGCGUGUCCAGGGAAUGCAGGGAAGACCAGGCGCUGCUCACGGUCUCAACCUGCGUGCGCGAGGACAGCGGCCUCAUUACGCUCAAGCUGAGUGAGCGUGGCUCAGCCACAGCCGCUCUGCACCUCCGUGAGCUAGACCAUCCCAAGCCUCCCCAGGGCCGAGUGGAGUUCCUGGAGCUCUCAGGCAGUUGUGUGCACAUGAAGUGGAAGGCCCUGAAGGACAACGGUGGGCGGCCUGUGACACAGUUCAUAGUGGAACGGAGGGCCGUCGGCAAGAAGGCCUAGAUUAAGAUAGGCGAGGUGGACAGCAAAGUCACCAGAUUCUCUACCAACAAGGUGGGGGGAAAAGCCUACCAGUUUCAUAUCCUGGCAGUCAAUUCAGAAGGAGUGAGCGAGCCGCUGGAGACACACGAAGGGUUUCCAGGAAAUCCUAUCUAGCCCUGUGCUAUUGCCUCCCAGCCUCAAGUGACUGAUGUGACCAAAGAGGCUGUGACCAUCACAUGGAAUGCCCCCACCGGUGAGGGGGCGGGGGGGCACCGAGUGCUUGCCUACAUUGUGAAACAGAAGAAGAAAGGCAGUAACCUAUGGGUGCCAGUCAACAAGGAUCCCAUCAAGGACGCCAAGUGCACUGUGGAUGGCCUCCUGGAAGACACAGAAUAUGAAUUCUGAGUUGUAGCUGUGAAUAAGGCAGGACUGGGACAGCCCAGUAGGCUGUCCAACUCAGUGGUAGACAAGGAUCCCGUCAAACCCCCAGGCCUGAGGCAGGCCCUGCACAUGUCUGAGUCCUCCAGCUCCAGCAUCUCCCUGGCCUGGCGGGAGCCUGCAGAGGGAAACCCACCCUCUGGCUACAUCCUUUAGAUGCAGGCUGAAGACACCAAGUAGUGGUCCAAGUGCACAAACACCCCCAUCUCGGGCCCCUGCUACACGGUGGGAGGCCUCACUGAGAGGCAGACAUACUUCUUCUGAAUCCGGGCUGUGAACGAGGCUGGGGUUGGGGAGCCUAUGGAACUGGAUGAGGGAGUCCGUGCCAUGCCACCACGAGCUGGCCCCAAGUUUGACCAGCUGAAGAGUCACAUGGUGGUUUGCGCUGGGACAGCCCUCUGGAUGCAUGCCGCCUUCUCUGGCUCACCACCACCCAGCAUGAUCUGGCAGAAAGAUGGCAUCCCCACCAAGGGCAGGGAAACCAUCGCCAAGGGCAAAAACCACUCCCAGUUCCUCAUCAACAGCACCAAGCGCUCCGACUCAGGGGUGUACCGCAUCUUGCCCCAGAAUGACCUUGGAGAGGCAUAAUAUGACAUCCACGUGCGUGUCCCAGAUUUUCCACGACUACCCACAAACCUACAGCUGACCAAGGAGGACACACUGACUCUUACCUGGAACCACAGUCCCAGUAUGAAGGAGGACAGUGAUGCCCGCUAUGUCAUCAUGAAGCGGGAUGCCCAGACCGCCACCUGGUUCACCACAGCCGAUCAUGUGUUCAAUAACAAGUACACGGUGACCGACCGGGUUGCUCCCUCCCCCCGCAUGAAGUACUACUUCUGAGUGGUGGAGAACGAAAUCGGUGACAGCGACCCACUUGACACCAAGGAUUCUUGGCUUGUCAACAAGGACAAGAUCGAGGACCUGAGCGCCAAGUCGAAGUCGUCCCGGCCGAAGGACUGGCGCCGCGCGCCGCGCUUCCUGACAUCCCCUGCUCCCCGGCCCAAGCCGCCCACGGUGCUGCGCGGCCAGGACUGCACCAUGACCUGCGCCUUCCUUGGGAACUCGCGGCCCACGGUGACCCUCUACAAGGGCGACGUCAACAUCAGGUUCUGAUAAAACUCCACCAGCGGCGUGUGCACAAUCGUCUUCCCCACCUGCACGCUCAAGGACAGCAGCGAGCACAGCGUGCCGGUGAAGGAGCUGGGCAAGGACCGUAGCAGCUGUGCGCUCACCAUCUACGACCAAGAUGAUAAGUCAGUUCUAGCAUCAGUCACCGAGAGUCUGCAGAAGAAAUCCAAGCGUCUUAUGUGAGCUCCAGCCCAGCCCAGGCAUCAGGAGAAUGUUGUGCUGUGGGGCUUCUUGGCCUGUCCUCUGUGUGGCCUCAGUGAGGGAAGCCCAGUUUGCUCUCUGGUGCUUGUCACUGCAAACAUUCAGUGAAAGGAUGGGACAAUAAAUGGAGUGAGCUCACCCUUGCCUGUUCCUGAGUGUGGUGUGCAGCAGGAGUGGGAUGUGGAUACACAGAACCUGGACCCCUGAGAGCUUUGUCCAAACCUACCCACACGGGGAGUGACCAGCCCCCUUUCACUGGACCUUGACUUGCCCACCCCCACCCCCUGCCACAACCACACUGGACCCUCCCCUCCCGGCAGGGCACAGGGGGACAAGUCUUGCCAGCUUCAUCCUUCUCCCCAUCCUGCUCCCUCCCAUUUCCUCACACCAGGUAGGUCUGUCUUCAGAAUUCUGGGGUUUGAAGGGAUCAGGACCUUGCCUCUUUGGAGCCCAGGGAUCCCAGUGUUUGAGAAUUAGAGCAUCUUAGAGCUGGAAGAGACUGGUCAUCCAGCCCGCUAGGUUUCAAACUUGUUUUGCAAUGGAAUCCUUCCUUUAAAAAAAAAAAUUCCUAAGAAGCUUCUGGACUUGAAUCAAGGAUACGGGGUCUCUGAGCCUCCCUCCUCUCCUUAUCCUUUCGCCAUCUCCCACUAGGGAUGCCUAUAAAAACUCUAGUGUGGAAAUCACUGAGUCAUCCAACACCCCCAUGGGAUCUGAGUCUCCUCUCUGACAUCCCCCCAAUUGUAGAGCCCCUCUAUUGAUGGCAUGUUCACCACCACCCAAGGCUUCCCUUCCUACUCUGGGUCAGGGCACUGCCUGUUAAGAUGCAAAUGUCCCUGGACUGAGGUGACACAUUAUUCUGCCAGGGCUCCAGAUCUAAAGUAUGAAGCAGCCAAUCUAAUCUCAGUCCUCUCAGCUGUUCAACUGAGCCCAGAGCCCAAGGAAAGAGGAGAUGGUUGAAGGGAAUCUGGAUCAUGCUGGAGCAGGCAGCAGGUCUGGGGUGAGGAGGGGAGGAGGCAGGCAGCCGUAGAGAACACUGGGUAACUAAGUCACCAAAGCUGCUAGGCACCUGUGCACAGGGAGUGCAUCACGGAUAAAUCUGGAUAGUGGCAAAUCUACUACCCAUCCUCAUGAACUAUAUCCUCACCCACACACAAGACCAGGGAAGUGAAACCCACUCCAACUAGCACAGUGUCACCAGAGCCAGGAAGCCAGCCUGGCGCCAAGAUGCACUGGUCAGGAGUGUGACCCAGGCUGUGAGGACAUCCAGGGCCCUGGCACCAUACCCCCACCCCCUCCUCUCCAGGACAGGCAUGUGCCACACCGGCAGACAAGCAGGGCAACUAGUGGCCUUUUAUUUUUAUUUUUAUUUUUAUAUGAGCAGUAAAGGAUAGAGUCAUCCCAUCCUUGCUCCUCUUGCAUUGAAUGUGCCUCGGGUCUUAGGACCCUACAGCCCCCUCCUCUUGCUCCCAGUGCAGGAGGGGCAGGCAGGAAAGCACUGAGAGUGGAGGGGGUGGGGGACAUCGGGGGGUUCCCAGCUCUCUGAGCCAGGCUCAGCACCCCCUCAGCAGCUCCCUGAGGCCCUCCCCCUAUAAGACUUGAAUAGACAGCAGGACAGAGACAUAUGGCAGAGAAAGACAUAGAUGGGCUGAGAGACAGACUACACACA